AUGGACUUGAUCGCCCUGACAAGCUUGUACCUCAUGGUCGGUGAGGAGGCGAUGUUCGUGUCCUACCUCGUUACGUUCUUCUACCCGGCACACGUUAGCGUCGAGGCGAUCCGUAGCAAGAGCUCUGGCGAAGCCAUCAAUCAACUUGAGUACUGGAUUCCAUUCGGAUUUUUCGCGCUACUCGACUCGACUUCCAUAUGUCUAUUUCCAGCGUGGUACUUCAUCAAGGUAAGUCGACACAUUCUGGCCAAACUUGAAAAUAAAGGCAAAAGUCAAUAA